AUAAUGUUCCUUGUGGCUAAUCUGAAUGUGUUUUCACUAUAUUUGCUUGUAGUCUUAAGCCUCGUCUGUGAAACCGGGCAUAAAUGCGUUUGUCCUUUCGAGUCAUCUGAUUUGCCUUACAAGGGCCUGUUUCCACGUUUUAAGUAAAGAAAUUUGUUAAUGUAAUGCCUGAAGGGCCUAAGGCAGUGAAGGUCACUGUUAAAGUCACAGCUGUCCUGGUUUUUAUUGGUCAGUUCAUGCCAGAAAUUUGUGAAAGGUGUGGUAAUAAGUCAGCAAUAUAAUGACAUACAUGUGGAACCCCAUGUUAAUAAGGAAUCCUACUGCUGCACUGGGAGAUCACCUAUAGAGACAUGAAGGCUUCUGUAACUGUGCUGCUCUUUUUGAGUCUCUUUAGGCUGAAACUCAGCGUCUACAGAUUUCACUUUUACGUGAAUGAGAUUAUGUCCUGGCAAGACGCACAGACGCAUUGCAGACUGCACUAUUAUGACUUGUCCACUGUCAAAAGUAAAGAUUUACAGAAGCUCUCUAACAAUCCCCUGAUUAAAGAGGAUUAUUUUUGGAUUGGACUUGAGAGAGACAGUCAAGACGUUAACAAGUGGAGGUGGUCCGAAGGCGGGGAGGCGACGAUUACGUUUUGGGACGAUAAAGAACCAAAUAAUGAUCAUGAAAAAUGUGGCGCUGUCAAUAAAAACACAUAUAAAUUGUGUGACGGCGACUGCUCUGAGCAUCUAGGAUUUUAUUGCAUGACGGUCUUUGAGCUGAUCCUGGUGCAGCAGGAAAGCACAUGGGAAGAGGCCUUGGAAUACUGCAGACAAAACCACAUCAACCUGGCCAUAAUAAACUCAGAUGACAUUAUGGAAGAAGCACAGAUUAAUAGCACAGCAGCCAAUACAGAUGAUGUGUGGACCGGACUGCGCUUUCUAGCUGGUCACUGGUUCUGGGUAAAUGGAGAAGAUCUCGACUAUAAGGUCUGGUCUGCAGAUGGAGAGCUCCAGUGUCCUGCCAUGAAUCAGCGCUGUGGAGUUUAUGAUCGAACACAGAACGUUUGGAAACCCACAGACUGUGAGCGGAGACUCAACUUUCUCUGCGUCGACAAGGGAUACGAUAGAGGAAACUAUUAAUCUUUUUUAAGGUUAGCAGAUAUGAUACUGUGAACGGGGAUUUCCUUCAUUCAGAAACAUUUACUUUCUUUGCUUUGCUUGUAAAUGCUGAACAUCAUGAUGAAAUCAAACUCUUUGACUAUGACAUAAGCUUUUCCUGAAACAGUUUUACAGACAAAGUAGCUCAGUAGCUCAUAUAAAAUACAUGCCAAUAUGUUCACCUGUGUAAUGCGUACCAGAUCCCUUAGCAACACUCCUGUAAGAGUUUUUCCAAUGCAUAUACAGUCUCAAAAACUGAUUUGUAAAAAAUAAAUGAAUAAAUGUUUGAA